UGAACACAGGACUUCAUUUUGACCACUUGUGUUAAACCAGCUCAGGACAGAGGAGAAACUUCUCUAAAUAUUUUUUUUAUGCACAAUCAAUCAACAGAAUUGUACAUCUUUGAUCACCAGUAUUUGACCUGCUUGGAUUCCACCAAAUCAGAAGCUAUUUUUUUUACAUUGAUCUAUGUGCUUAGUGCCCACCUACACCAGACAACCUAACCAUGUGGAGUGCCCCUUCAACCAUCCUCUUCUUUUGCCUCUUGGUCCUGGUCAACCUCAGGUCCCUGACGCAGGCUUGCCAAGGGGAUGAGGUCCCUCGCAACGUGGUGCUGGACUGGUUCAAACAGCACCUCCUGGACGGGUUAGGGCUGGAGAAGCCCCCUGAGCCUAGCCUCCAGGCCCAUGAAGGAGGCAAAGUGAGAGUGGAGGUGGGGAAAGGGCACCGGAGAGCCACCAGGGUGGGGAGGGCAGCCUGGGCACAAGACCAUAUGAGGCAUCUUCAGGAGAACCAAGAGCAAGUCAUCCUCUUUCCCAGCUCUGACUCGACUUGUGGUACCGAAGUGUCUCUUCCUGAAGAAAAAGACACCCGCCACUUCACCUACUACUUCCAACCGUCUGCGGACAAGCAGCAGUCCGCCGUCACCUUGGCCCAUUUCUGGUUCUACGCUGGAGAGGGUGGAAGCACAACUGUCGCCCCUCUCUUCAUUCUCACCUCCGACCAAAAACUUCUUAAUGUUGCAGAGAUUCCGACAAAAACAACCCCUGACGGCUGGACCACCUACCACCUCGAGCGUCCCCUUCACGCUAUCCUGGCCCAAGGACCUUUCGUGUUCCAGGUGCGCUGUCCCUCCUGUAAAUGUCACGCUAACGAAGCCGACAAAACGCCGUUUCUCCACCUCCACACACGCCCUCGCAGCCCAGACCGCUCCCCUCGGCAAGCGGCCGCAACCAUCCCCUGGUCUCCGUCGGCCAUUAACCUCCUGAUGCGGCCAUCGCUGGAGAAACCCGACAAGAGCGACUGUAACCGGGAGGAGAUCAACAUCUCGUUUGAGGAGCUGGGCUGGGACAACUGGAUCGUCCACCCCAAGGUGUUCACAUUUUACUAUUGCCACGGGACCUGUUUAUCGUUGGACAGAACCACUGCUGUGCUGGGGAUUAAGCAGUGCUGCGCUCCGGUGCCCGGAACCAUGAAGUCGCUACGGUUCACUACUACGUCUGACGGUGGAUACUCUUUCAAAUACGAGACCCUGCCUAACAUCAUACCGGAGGAGUGCACUUGUAUUUAGGCCUAAAACUCUGCAUAUCAAGUAGCCUAAUAUUUGUCAUGCUGAAUCUUUCACUUUCGUGUUAUGGAAAACUCGGCACCUAGGUUAGGCUCCUUAAACCUACUUCGUUAUAGACUACUAGUAUUAAUUUCUAAACUAAACGACCAGGAGAACUGAUUUAUAUGCCACCUGGUAGUUAACGGAAUUCGGUUCAAUAUAAAAUCAGUCCCUGAUUAAAGGGCUAGAAUGAAAACCGUCUGUCCUCCUCGGGCCUCGAACUUGGAACCACUCCGCUAAACAGCAUGCUAAACGUUUGUAAUUGAGCUACAACCUGAAUUUUAAAUAAAACGAUUGUGUUCA